UUCCUGUAAGCCGUUUGGAUGUAUCACAAAAAUACAUAAAUACAAAACUGAUUUUUGCGCAAUUUAGACGAAUAUUGCGUUUUAUUUGAUUAUACAUUGGACAUGUAGGCUUAUUUUUUUUUUAUAGGCGUACGAUAUUUUUUCAUCGGUACGAUAAUUUUGACACUAAAAUACGAUAAUUCUCUUCCGCUCACCUGGCAGCACUGAAGUAAACUGUAAACGUCAAAUAUAAUGUGUUAUUUACUCUUAUCUUAUUUUAUUUCUUUGAAUGAAAAUUAAUUUUACGCUUCAUUUUACAAGAAUAUUGUCUAAAAGCUACAAAGGUUAGCUUGAUUUGAAUAUUAUUAUUUUUUAAUCACAAGAGUAACAAUUAAAGUUCGUUUACAGUGGCAAGGCAUGAUUUUCGCGCGUCCGCAAUGACCACCGACAUGGAAAGUGAUAAUAACUGGCGAGGCGUUCCUUUAACCGAGAUAUGGGGGGCGCAGUCCCCGUGGGGAGCUCCAGAGUUCCCUUUAGUGGCUCCGGCAUUUAACCACACAGUGUUGUACCAUAUUCCGAGUAGCGGGUGCGUGCCGGGCGAUCGGCCGCCUAAACCGCAGAACGGACAAGACAAAUGGGACCAUGAUUUCGUCAGGAUGCCAUGCUCUAAUCAGAGUUUAUAUCCAGUUGAAGAUAGUUCAGGUGAGACACACUUAAAGAAGCGCUGGGGCUUAAUCCAGAGUGCCCUGUGGAAGCCAAUCCGGAACAGCCAAGAGCUGGCAGCAGCCAUAUUAAGCUACAACACACAGUUCAAAAACACUUGGAAGUUCAGAGCACUCCAUAAGCUGUUUAAUGAGCAUUUAGAGGAAGAGGAAUCCCAGUACUUCUUUGAUGUCACAUUGCCCGAGAUAGUUAAACUUGCACUUGAGUUGCCUAAAUUGAUACAGUCCCCUAUACCAUUGCUCAAACAGCACAAGAACCGGUCUAUAUCACUCUCACAGCAGCAAAUAUCGAGUUUGCUCGCAAACGCGUUCUUCUGUACAUUUCCACGGCGAAAUAGCACCAAGAAAAGUUCAGAAUAUGCCUCUUUCCCGCACAUCAACUUUAAUACUCUGUAUGAAACAUCGGGAUCAGAUUCCGUCUUGGAGAAGCUCAAGUGUCUGUGCCACUACUUUAGAAGAGUCUGCACUAAAGCCCCGGUCGGCGCGGUGACGUUCUCGCGCCGCUCCGUGCCGCCGCGGCGCUGCCCGGUCUGGGCACAGUCCGCCGCCUCGCUGGCCGCCGUGCCCCUACAUGUAGCCGCCAGUGGAACUAUUGAAGAUUCCGACGGUCUGGUGCAGCUCGACUUUGCUAACAAAUACCUCGGCGGGGGCGUGCUGGGAUACGGUUGUGUUCAGGAAGAAAUUCGUUUCGUGAUCUGUCCCGAGUUGUUGGUAUCCAUGCUGUUUACCGAAGUGCUACGGCCAAACGAAGCGCUCAUGAUCAUAGGUUGCGAACGCUACAGCAAGUACUCGGGCUACGGGUCGAGUUUCCAGUGGUCCGGCGACCACAGCGACGCCACCCCGCUGGACUCGUCGUGCCGGCGCCGCGCGGGCGUGCUGGCGCUGGACGCGCUGCCCUACGCCGCCGCGCCGCUGCAGUACCGCCCGCCGGCCGUCGCUAGGGAACUCAACAAGGCCUGGGUGGGAUUCACUUUCUACUCCGAGGAGCAGCCCACGGCCACCCAGUACCCCGGCAUAGCCACAGGGAACUGGGGCUGCGGGGCCUUCGGUGGCACCCCACAGCUCAAGACACUCAUACAGCUCAUGGCCUGUGCAGAAGCCCGGAGGCCUAUGGCGUACUACACGUUCAACGACGUGGGGAUUCGGGACGAGUUUGUGAACAUUUAUAACUUGCUGGCGAGAUAUAAUGUCACUGUCGGCCAACUAUACCAGUUAAUAGCGCGGUUCUGCAAGACGGACGUGCGCAAGGGCAACCUGCACGGCUUCAUAGAACACGCGCUGAAGAACGGACAACUGCCGCCGACCUGUCCGACGUCGGACACGGCGGGGUCGCCUGCCAGUGAACGGACACGACCGGACACGUCCGUACCGAGCGGCCAGGCGGAACCGACGGAGAGUACUACAAGGCAAACGGAGGUGGAGAAAAUGGAUGUUAGUGACACAUUGGACGUGAACGAAAUCGAACUCUCAGAGUCGCUACAAAAGGAGCUCCUCAAACAAUCACCGGACAUGUUCUCUCAAGACGAAUCUGACUCCCAAGAAACACAACUGUUAAACCACAGUGAAAGCGUGUCUAAAUCAACAAGCACAGAGGUUAACAAAAUGGCGGCCAGUUCAAACAAAAUGGCCGCUAGUAAUAGUAAAAGUCUUACUACAGAUUUGUUUGAAGAGAUGAACAAGCUUGAUCAGUCGAAUGGUAAGCUAAAUUUAUCUAAAGCACACACUAAUAUAUUGGACGAAUCUGUAAAAGUAAAUGAUGUUUCUAUGGAUUCGAGUGAGAAUACAGAGCAAAAUAAAUCAGAUCCCACUUCUGAGAUGAAAAGGAAGAUGGCUAAGAAAAUAACGGAUUAUUUCAGUAAAAAAGUUAUUUGAUGUAUAUACUGCUUAGUUACUUUAUAGUGUGUUCUGAUACUAACUUACAUCGUAUUUAAGAGUUGGCCUUGUUAACUUUGAAAGUUCUUGGCCUGUAGUCGACAUCAAAUAUAUGUUGACAUUUUCCGCCUUAUUACUGAGGCGAAUAUUUCAAAAGUGUAAACAUAUCUUUGACGUCUACUUUACAUUAGUCUACAUACAUAAAAAAAUGUUUAGACUAUAACAUCCUCACGUUGAAGUUUCCUUACAGUUAGUGCCUCUAGGUAAAUGUAAAAUGAAUAUAAUGUAUGAGUGUAUUUUUAUUAUUUUGAAAAUAAAAUAAAGUGUAUAGUACUAAU